UUCAAUAUGGCGGCGCACUUAUAGUCCCAGGAUAACAAUCUUAUCUUUUUCUAUAUAUACAUAAAGGCUUUAAAAUGUGGUAUUGUUGUAGAUUACGCUUUUCCGCACCGGUGCGGUUGCUGUCGUUACAUCUGCAAUGCAAAAAAACGUCUGGUUUAUGGAAAUAUUCACGAUUAUAUUCCUCAUCAGGGCCCAGUGGAUUCAACGCCUCGCAGCAACAUGGGAAUGUCGCCAGUCGCUUGUGGAGCAUCGCUCAGAGAGCCGUGCGACAGUCAGCCACACGAGUGUCCAGACGCUCUGGCGUGACACUGAGGUUUAUCCUUGCGCCGGCGGCGCUUACGGUCUCCGGGCGACUGUUCUGCUACACGGCGUACUGCGAGGCCGACGUGAACAACAACAUCCCGGUGGAAUCUUUGACCAAAAGUCCAGCGUUCAAAUGGCACAUCCUGUGGGAGUUCGUGAAGCCUCAGCUGUUUGCGCUCACGUGUGCCGUCAUGCUUGCUUUUGGUGCGGCCAUUUUAAACAUUCAAAUCCCGCUGAUGCUGGGGGAGCUAGUGAAUGUCGUAGCACGCUACCUGAGGGAACACACCGGAAAUUAUGUCCGUGAGAUAAGGGGUCCUGCUUUUAAAUUGCUGGGACUGUAUGCCAUCCAAGGCUUGCUGACAAGCGGCUACAUCAUCCUGCUGUCGAGGGUGGGAGAAAGAGUGGCGGCAGACAUGAGGAAAACCCUUUUUGCAUCCCUACUAAGGCAAGACGUGGCUUUCUUUGACGCUAACAAAACCGGACAACUGGUGAAUCGCUUGACUGCUGACAUUCAGGAGUUCAAGUCUUCCUUUAAGUUGGUCAUCUCUCAGGGUCUGCGGAGUAUCACGCAGACAGUGGGGUGCUUUGUGUCGCUUUACGUCAUCUCCCCAAAACUCACAGGCUUGACCGUGGUGGUGCUUCCCUGUCUUGUCGGAGCAGGGGCUUUCAUCGGCACAUUCCUCCGCAGACUUUCUCGUUUAGCUCAAGAACAGGUUGCCAAAGCAACCGGAGUGGCGGAUGAGGCUCUCGGUAAUGUACGAACAGUGAAGGCCUUUGCCAUGGAAGAACGGGAGCUACAGUUGUAUGCAUACGAAGUUGAAAAAUCUUGUGAAAUGAAUGAAAAUCUCGGGACCGGAAUAGCAGUUUUCCAAGGACUUUCAAACAUUGCCCUAAACUGCAUUGUUCUCGGAACUAUUUUCGCAGGAGGAACUCUAAUUUCGAGCAAUGAAAUGUCACCCGGAGACCUCAUGUCUUUCUUGGUUGCUUCACAGACAGUGCAGAGGUCCUUAGCCAGCAUAUCUAUCCUUUUUGGACAAAUGGUGAGAGGAACAAGCGCCGGCGCUCGUGUUUUUGAAUAUUUGUCGUUGAAGCCUUCCAUCCCUCUUUCUGACGGGGGACGCAUCCCGUAUCAUUCUCUGACAGGAAGAGUUGAUUUUCUCAACAUUUCAUUCAGCUAUCCGACAAGACCUGGCCAUCAAAUUUUGGAGAGGUUCAACCUAACGCUUCCACCUAGCAAAACAAUUGCCAUUGUCGGGGAAUCUGGAGGAGGAAAGUCCACAGUAGCGUCCUUAUUGGAGCGUUUCUACGACCCGACGAGCGGCGUAGUAAUGUUGGACGGACUCGACAUUCGAACCCUUGAUCUCUGCUGGCUCAGGGGACAAGUUAUUGGAUUUAUCAAUCAAGAGCCCGUUUUGUUUGGAGCGUCCAUCAUGGAGAACAUCCGCUUCGGGAAGCCCGAGGCCACCGACGCCGAGGUCUUUGAGGCUGCCAAGCAAGCCAACGCUCACCGCUUCAUUACAAGUUUCCCAGACGGCUACAACACUGUGCUCGGUGAGCGAGGGGUGACGUUAUCGGGAGGGGAGAAACAGCGCGUCGCCAUUGCCCGAGCCCUCAUCAAGAAUCCGAGCAUCCUGGUGUUGGACGAGGCCACCAGCGCCUUGGAUGCCGAGUCGGAGCGUGUGGUGCAAGAGGCUCUGGACCGGGCCACUCGGGGCCGCACGGUGCUCAUCAUCGCCCACCGCCUGAGCACCAUCCAAGCUGCCGACCUCAUUUGCGUCAUGAGCAACGGGCGCAUCGUCGAAGCUGGAACUCACACUGAACUGCUGGGCCGAGGCGGCCUUUAUUCCGACCUGAUCCGAAGACAAAGAGCUGAGGGGCAGAAAUGAACCACGCUCAGACAGAUAAAUUAUGAUGGGACAAAUUGUUCUUAAUUUAAGCGGAACAGCUAGACCAGACUGUAAAUAAGAAAAAAAAUAACAAGAAAAAAACCCACUACUACGAUGUCCUUAAGAUUUUUAAAAAUAGUUUAUCUCAAAGCUAAGAUACUGUACAUGACUGUUGUGAAUAAAAAUGUUUAAAUCA